CCUCCUAUAAAUGGUGCCACGAAUCAAUUCUCGUAUCUCGAUUUGGUGUUCUUUCUACGGUGGAAGCUUGAAUCGAAAUAUCGAAAAUGGCGUCAGUGAAGGUGAAGGAGACUGUUGCUGCCAAUCCCGUCGUCGUCUUCAGCAAGGCCUACUGUCCCUACUGCCUCAGCGUGAAGAAUCUGUUACAGCAAGUUGGAGCCUCCUUCAUGACCGUCGAGCUGGACACUGAAAGUGAUGGAAGUGAAAUGCAAGCCGCUCUUUUGGAAUGGACUGGACUGCGGUCUGUGCCAAAUGUUUUCAUUGGGGGAAACCACAUUGGUGGCUGUGACACCACAACAGGCCUGCACCAGCAAGGAAAGCUGAUUUCUCUCCUUACUGAAGCUGGAGCUCUUGCCAAGCCAUCUGCUUGAAAGGAUUUCGUUAUCUGUUCGAAUAUAAUAGCAAUAAAUGGUGGCUUUAUCUUUUUCAUUGGCGCCUUUGAGAAGACCAAUACACCUGAAUAGGAAAAAUGACAUAAUUUACCAACUGGAGGCUAUCGGCAUAGGAGACAUCUUUGCAAGUCCAGUUUAUUGUUUUCGGAUAUAAACUCUGUAGACUUGAUGUUUUAAUGAGACUUGAUGGUAGACCCAGUAAAAUUGGCUUACUUUUAUCCUUGC